AUGGCGUCGUCCAGGCCCAACAAGCGCCCACGUACAUCUCGUAACCAAUCGUCCUACCAUGACUCGGUGUCUGUCCUAGGAGAUUUUGAUUUAAUUCAUCACAGCGAGGGAAGUGUUCGACAUUUUGGGGGCUCACGACUCGCCACACGGCGACAUGAUAGGUCUCCACAACGGACUGCAGGGGCAUGGGAAAUCGUGACGUCUUGGGCCCCUCCGGAUGAUAUUGAAUAUGCUUUGAACCCCAACGGCGAUGCACACGACUUUGUAUUAGAGGAGGACAUAGUCCUGGCAGAUGAGACUCUGUUGCCCCCUAAGAGACCUCGAAGUGUCAGAUCAAAACGCCCUCACGUAGUGUGGAAGAAGAAACACCGCCAAGACUACCUUGACGAAAUUAUUCGAUGGGAAGGUCGAGGAGAUUUUCGACUUACAGCAUGUCCAGAUUGUCUGGCUCGCUUAGUGGAGGAUCCUCAAGUCCCAGAAUAUCGUUGUCGGGAGUGCUUCACUCCUGACCUUCACUGGGAUGGCGUCAAGUUUCAGGACAUCUCAUUGAGAAGUCUAGGAGCUGUUUUGCAGCUUAACCACAGUGGCGGACACUGCGAUAACCCAACCCCUUGUCAUGCACAUAUGCUGGUGUUGCACACCAAUGGAAUACAUUCAGUCGAUAUACGCUACUGUAAUUGCACGCGCGCAAUACCUCAGCAUCUUCAACUCCUGCGGCGUCGUCUAUACCCAGCCUCCCAGGUUUCAGUGGAAACAUGUGCAACAUUUGAGCUUCUCCGACACCUUCACAAACUCGCCUUAACGACCAAGGCAUCCACCUAUGACUUUUAUCGAUGCCUGGAAAAAUCAACGACAAAUACUGGGCUGAAUGUGCCCAAAAAUCGAUACCAAGCUCUUUUUCGAAUGGUUCUUCAAUGGAGACACCUUCAGAUGCUCAAAUGGGCGGGUAGGGGGCAUGAUUCUACCGGCGUUGAUGGCACGUCAGAAGGAGAGCUGGGAUUAGUGUGCCCGUCCUGCCCGCAUCCAGGGAUUAAUCUUCCAUCUAACUGGGAAGACGCCCCAGACAACAUGAAGUGA